AUGCCAAUCCCACCCAGACCAAUCCCAGUACACUCUAGGACACCUCACGGUCGAUCCAGACCCGGAUCGGGUGUUCCCAGAAAAUCAUUACCUUCCUCAUCGGCCUCUUCCUUAGAUUGGAGAUCAGAAGUAGCACUCUUAAAUGAACUAGGACCGAAAUCAGUUCCUACACUUCAGUCAAAAAGAUUGACUACUCUGGGAGUUAAUAUGGUAGUCACCAAAACCGAGUCAACGGUCAACGACAACGACGAAGUUAAAGGGAAAAGAGAAGUCAAAUUGGAUGGUCUCAUCGAAGAUAGUAAAGGAAAAAGGGAAAAGAGAGCGACAACGGCGACUACAUUAGGAUUCGAUUUCAUACCUAAUCCAACUAUACUUACUUUACCCGAUACAUCUGAUAUACAACCUACAUCCAAGACCAAAUCAUCUUUAUUAACUACAUCCAAAACAAAUCUCAAUACACCUGUUCCAUCAUCGAAUUCGUCUCAAAAGACAGUUCCUUCUUCUGCAUUAUCAUUGAUGGAAGGAACACCUACCACGCCUUCUUUAUUACCUCAAGCAAAUAUUGAUAGCUCUUCUUCGCAAGAAUUAGAUCAUGAGUUGUCAGAUGAAGAUGAUGAUUGGGAAUAUAUCCCUUCUUUAACUCAAUCUAAAACCAAAACCAAAUCUGAUUCUCACAGAAACGGAAACGGAAAUGGAAACGGAAACGGAAACGGAGAUGAUGAUAACGUUGAUUCUGACGGUGAAGAAGAUGUAAUAGUUUUAGGUGAACUAGAAUUGGAUGACGAGAUUGAUAGGUUGGAAACUAAUGAAGGUGGUAAAAUCGUUGAAAAGCAGAAGCAGAAGAAAAUCAAGACUAAAGGAAAAGGAAAAGGGGAGAAAGUCAGUUAUGCAGAUGUUUUAGGUAAAGCCUGA